CGCCUCCUAAAUCUCGCGAAUAAAUAAGCGAGCAGGAGAAAGCAGCUGACAGAGAGAGAGAGAAGGGGAAAGCAGAGGAAGGAAGGUCAAGCCGUCAAGGCAUCGUCGAGGAGGAGAGAGAGGGCUUCUUCGCAGCAACGCCACGGGAGAUUCUUGGGUGGAGGCGCAGCGUGGAGAAGAAAAAGCUUCUUCCUUUCUUGACCUCUCGGGGGUGGUUCCAUGGAGAGGGAUUUCCUGGGCGCGAUUGGCCGGCCGGAGAAGGACGGCGAGGCGGUGAAGGAGCAGGGAAGAACGGAGCCAGAUUACCCAGGAGCAGCUCCGGCGAUGCAGUGGCAGUUUCCGGCGAAGUCUGGUGUGGCACCGGCUGUGAUGUCCUUCAGGUCGGUGAGGGAGGACAACUCCAAGGAGUUCUCCAUCUCUGGCUUCCGGCCGGUGGCGGUGACCGGAGAUGCCUUUGACGGCAUCAAGAAGCAGGCCUCCUUGCCUGUGAUGCCUCAGCAGAGGCAGCUUGGGUUGGACACUCAGGUCACUGUGCAGCAGUAUGCUGCGGCAGCACACUGUCACCGCGCGCAGGCAGCACAUCAUCUCUUGGGUGGAUCCAGGAUGGCUCAGCCUUUGUCGCGCCAUCCUGUGCCGUUCAAUCCGGCGAAUCCGGCGCUCAGGGUGCAGAGCCUCCACAACGCUGCCGGUAGCCUAUUCAGGAAUCAACCUUUCACCACGAGCAAUGCGGUCAAUGGUUCUACUGUCGGCAAGUAUGGCGUAAGGAAUCAGAAGUCGACACAGUUGACAAUAUUCUACGGUGGUUCGGUGAAUGUAUUCGAUAACGUCCCGGCAGAGAAGGUUCAAGAACUUAUGCUGUUAGCCAGCAGGGCAUCUAUUCCAAGCCCACCCAGCUCACUCCGCAAACCGGAUUCGCCUAUUUCAGCCCCUGCAAAGGUCAAAGUGCCUGAGGUUUUGCCUGCAAGGCAGAUUCUAUCUCAGAAACCAGAGUCUUCAGUGCCUCAUUUAGCAAGCACUUCAAGUCCAACCCCAAACGUGCCACAAGCUGCGGCUCUCCCCCGGAGCACAUCUAACUGUACCACCGAGUGUACCGGGCCAAAAACUGCUGUUCAACCACCAGUCGUUGCUCCUACCAGUCAGGCAUCCUCGUCUCUGCCGACGCCAUUAACAACUACAACUGCUGAAGCUAUUAUGCGAAGAGCUGUUCCUCAAGCUCGGAAAGCAUCUCUUGCCCGAUUCUUGGAGAAGCGAAAAGAGAGAGUGACAAGUGUUGAGCCAUACCCAACAUCGAAGAUUCCAUUAGAGGGCAGCGACACCAUAGGCAGCGCCAGCGCUCCAGCCAAAUCAUCGUCCACCGACAUUGCCCCAAGCUACAAUGGCGAGGAGCCCUUGCGCUUCGGUCAGCCGAGGAACAUCAGCUUCAGCAGUGAGGUGUGCCCCAGCACAAAGUUGCAGAUCUAAAAUCUGAUCACAGUCCGUAAUAUACUCGGACUCUGAGAGCAAAAGCUGGACACUUUCUUUUGCAUUCAGCUGAGGCAGGAGCAAAGGAAGAUAUGAAGAUUAGGCCAUUUGAUGUGCUAUAAUUUUGUUUGGCUAGAUAUAAUUAUAUACAGUGAUGGCCUAGCCGGUAGCUGCUGCAGCGCGCUGCUAACAAGGCUGUGACGUGCUUGCUGGUUUCAGACUCUUCUUGAUUGUUUUUUUUUUUUGCCCUGAUCGAUUGUAUUAUUCUGCAUGAGAAGGAGACGUGCUGCUUUAUCUGAGUAUUAUAGGUUUACAGGUUUCAGCUCAUGUGAUGGUGCUCUUUUUUGUUCGUGUACUGAUUUGAACAUACAAGCUUCAGAAUUCAAGAGCAAAUGUUAUGGCAUAGCCUUUGACA